AUGAAAACAUUUUUUAGCCUCAUAAUAGCGGUUCUAUACCCGUCUGUUAAAUGCUCUUCGGAAUGCAGCUGUCCUUCCCUUCAAAGCAUGCUACUGCAGGAUACCGAAUUCAAUAUAUUCCGAGAUCCAUGGCCUUUCCUCAAAAGUGCGGACCGCUUAUACCUGAAGUAUAUACCGUUAUUGAAAGAAUUAGAAAAAAUAACCUGUGUUAUCAGCGACCUUGUAAGAAACGAUGGUUCAACCUCCGUCGAGCGAAGCGUCUCCUGGACCGAUCUAAGUACAACACCAUACACUAGAAAACACGUAAACGUAGAGAUACAGGGAACUAGCAAAUCAAAAACUGAGUUUUCUGUGAUCAAGGAUGAAGUUUCUUAUGACUUCGAAACUGUGUACGCCGACUCUAAAUGCCUGAUCGUGAAAAUUUCACGAACUUACACGGGCCUAGAAAGGGCGUGCUUUCUUUGGGUGAAAGAAAAGUAUCUGAAAAAUCCGCUGAGGCACUGUUCUUUUUUAUACUUCAUGUUCUGCAACUGGCAAGGCGACGAUCUCAACCCGACAGAAGGAUGUGACAAAAAUGUAAAAGAAGCCGAUAAAAAUUUAAAAACUACUGAAGGCGACAACAGACCCCCUAGAUAA